AGUUUUGUUUAUUUCCCCUCUAAAAUUGAUUCAGGUAGAAAGCAGCGAAAAACGAGAAGUAGACAGAAAACCUAAAACCAUGGGGAAGGAUCAGAAAAUCACUGCUGAAGAUGUCAUAACCAAGCUCAAAGAUGAUGGCGAUUUCGAUCGUCUUCGUAUCAAAAUCAUCCGUCAGCUCAAACAAAACGAGGACUUGCGUAACAAUAUCAUUUCAGUGGUUAAGCAGUCCGCUGCACUUAAUCGUCCUGGUGCAGUAAAUUUGAAACCCAGGGAACUCUGUGAUGCGAUUCAUGAUGAGAUUCGUGAGAAUACGUCGAGUCAAAUUUCAGAUGGUUUAUGGGAGAUUAUUCGAUCACGUGACGGCAUCAAAUCUGAAAUAACAGAAACAGUGCAAUCAGUCUAUGAUAAGCUUCUGAAUCCGCACCGAAGCACAGUGGGUGAAUCCACCUCUUUCUCAGGUCAAGUGCCAGACAGGGGGCGAGCUGAAUUUAGUGGUGCAGUAAUGGUUUCUGGAGAAACUAAUGGUACAAUGUCUAAUGGAGAGCAUAAAAAAGCUCCAGGUUUGGUCCUGAACAAUCAUGAUUUGAAAUCUGAGACACAGAAGCCUCGUCCUGGCAAUAGAAGAUCCGCGGAGCAAGGGAGAGAAUCUCAUCAGUACACCAACGGUCCAUUGCAGAAUAAAGAAGGUGAUUCCAGUCCACAUCCUGGCUGUUCCUCAUCAGGAAAGCGGAAGCGAGCUUCUGGUGGCCAUGACGAGGAUCCUGAUAUUCCACCAGGUUUUGGUUGAGCAGCUUCAUUAGACACGUGUUAUUGACCUAUAAUCAUCAACUUGACUAAUUAUAGAGAUGAAAAAACACGAUUGGCCUUUUUGACAUAGAUACCAUUGUGCUUGUCCGGUCUUGUAGAGUUCUUAGUAUUCACUCUUUAGUUAAUCAUCCUGGUGCCAUGUAUUGUCAAGUGCUACCGGUAGAAUGAUACAGGAAUAGUAAGUACGCAUCAAUGUUGUAUAACAAUUUAUUGAUUAAUCAUUUAAUUGUAUUCAAAAUUUUGCAGAAAUAUUUAUUUUUUGCUA